GCGGGGCCGGCAACCGCUGUACACACAGCGCGAGCCCGGCGGCCUCUCGGGCUCCGUCGGCGGCUCGGUCGGGCCAUGAACCUGGGAGAUGGGCUGAAGCUUGAAACUGAAGUGCUGGACGGGAAGCCGAGGCUGAUUUUAGCCGCUUCUGAUAAAGCAAAGCCUGCAAUGAAGAUGGGAAAUAAAGCCAAAGGGUCUAAACAGACUUUGAGAAUAAGGCAUACUGAGCAUAUGCUGAGGUCAACACGAAAUGCUUGCAUCAAUCAGGAAAACUUAGCAAAAUCAAGGAGUGGAUCGAGCUUAUCAGUGUCAAAAGGUGAAAGAGUGCAAGUAACUAAACCUUCCUCACGUGAAGCUACAACUAAAGAUCACUCUUUGAUUUUCCAAAGAGACACCACAAAUAGGAAACCUGAUUCUGAGAAUCUUAAUGUUCGAGAAAGUAAACACGAAGCUCAAAAUGCACAUAUAUCAGCUGAAGACCUAAGAAGUUUGGUGUGUUUAACACAAGAACAGCUUCAGCAGAUUUUGAUGAUUGUAAAAGGAGAAACUAGGCACAUCUCUGAGACUCCCAGUGAAAAGCAAGAGGAAAUAGGCACUAGUGAGGCAUCAGAGGAAACCGUUGUAGCAUUGCUCCAAAACACUUGUGAAAUUCCAUCUGUUCCAGAUGAGCCUAACUCUAAUUCAAGCAGGAAAGAAGAGUCAUAUCCACAACCAAGAGAGAAAGUUAUAAAGGAGUCCUGGAAACCCGCUGACAUGUUUAGUACCUUGGGUGAAAGAGAAGGAGAGAAAGCCUUAUUAGAAUCAAGAAAGAGCCAGUGGAAGAAGGAAUUAGAUGAACAGGUAGCACUGAAGAAGAAACUGAAAGAAACCUUGGAAGGAGAUGUGAUUUAUUUAGGGGCAAAAUCUGGCAAUGAUAAAAACCAUACAGAAAAAAUGGAAACAGCUGACCCAGAUAAGGAAGUUGUGCUACAGGAGCGACCUUUGAGUGCUUUGAAGCAUGAGCAACAGAAGAAGUGGCUUGAAGAGCUGGACAAACAGAAGGAAGAAGCUAAGCUACGAAAAAUAGAAGAAAAAAUGAAUUUAUCAAAGGCUGAAGAGCAUGACAGAUGGGCAAUGCAUUUUGAUUCUUUAAAGAACCACCUUAAUACUAACGCACAACACCCCUUAAAUGGAAUGUACAAAAAGCAGCCUGAAAGUCUUUGCCUGUCACCUGACCCUAAGGAGCUGACUGCUUUUGUUCACCCUUUCUCACCUGCAGCUUUAGGCAACUUCAUGCCCUCAAAAGUGGAAAAUGCAGAAAGAGGUGCUAAAAACAGUGCUUUGGAUCACAGUCAGAAAACCAGUUUCCUUCGUUCAAUGACAGCUCUCCUGGAUCCUGCACAGAUUGAAGAGAGAGACAGACGGCGGCAGAAGCAGUUAGAACAUCAGAAAGCAAUAAUGGCUCAGGUAGAAGAAAAGCGGAAGAAGAAACAACUGGAAGAAGAGAAGAGAAAAUUGGAGGAACAAGAGGAAGAACAGCGCCUAGCACGAGAAAAAGAACUGAUGCAGAAACAGUUUGAAGAAGAUCUGCUUAAACAAAAACAGAAGGAGGAACUUGUGGUUCUGAAAACAAAUGAGCUCUAUCAGACAAUGCAGAAAGCUCAAGAAUUAGCCCAGAGAUUAAAACAGGAACAGCGCAUCCAGGAUUUGGCUCAGAGGGGACAUGACAUUUCAAAACUUCAGAAGAGUCUUGGUGGGGGUGGCAGUGAAUUUGAAAACUGUAAUACUGAUGCUUCACAUCAAAGUCCUAAUUUCUCUGCUGCCAUUAACACUGAUCAGCAGACAUCUCGGAAAGACACUGCUGUACAGACAGAUGACUGUACUACUUCAGCAUACAUUGAUGCAGCUGAGGAAAGAACUUCAUGUUGUGGGUCACCGGAUAUUUCCAUAGAAUAUAAAGAAACCUCUAAUAGCAAAAAAUAUCAGAAAGAAAUGCAGUAUACAGAUAAAAACAGAAUUUCAGGACAAGAGAAUGGUGACAUCCACAGUGAGCUGUAUGAACAAUAUGCAAGAAAAGAAAGACAAGUUAAACCUUCAGAAAAACCUGGCAAAAGACCUGACUGGAACAUAAACAAGCCUGAGAAAAGAUACAUUCCAGCAUCAGAAAGAUACCCCAAACCACUGCAGAAACAGAGGGAAGAAAAUAAAGUAAGACGACAAAUGGAGCUGCUUCAGUUGGUAGAAAGAAAUACGCCUGGGAAUCUCUACCAAAAAAGGGGUUGUUGCUCAGAUGGGUCUCCUUCACCUCAUGAAGAACUGAAGAAUAAGGGACAUAGAAUCAGAAAGGAAGAACAACUCCGUAAGAAUCAUUUGAAUGAAGAAAGAUCUGACUCACCACCUGUUCCAGCGGUUAAGAAUAGAUUACAAGUACAACAAAAACAGAUAUGCACCAGGAAAUUGGAAGUAUAUAACAACAGUAGAAGAGAGAAAAAUACCAAGGCAGAUGUGCAGCAGAAGAGCUUCCCUCCUGCGCUUCCAGAAGCUGGACGACCUCCUUCUUCACAGUUCAUUCCAUACGUUCGAACAAACGAAGUGUAUUAUCUCGAUCCAGAUGCACCAGUGACCAGACCUUCAACACACGGCCCACAGUAUCGACAGUGUAAUGAUUCUUACCAAGUGCCACGACAGAUUUUUAGCUCUGAUCACACUAGAGAUCCUCUUCUAAAUCCUGAUGUAGUUAAAAUAAGAGAGAGACAACAAGCGAUUCUAAAAGGACUGUCAGAACUACGGCAGGGCCUCCUGCAGAAGCAAAAGGAGUUGGAGUCAGGUCUAAUUCCUGUUAAAGCUCAAGAAGAGAACUUUAUUUCACCAUUUUGAAAGCAGAGCGCGUUGUAGAAACCGGAGUAACUGGCUGUCUCUCUUCCAUGUCAAUUUUAGAAGACUUUUCCAUCAAACUCUUUCGUGAUUCAGGAGAUAACUCUGACACACAGCUCUUUUUUGCAUCUACUCCCUGUGAGCUCUCGGUCUCAGUCUGCAAAGUUUCCAAAUGGGUAUCGUAUUUAGAGGCAUCAUUGCAGAUUUCUAUUUGUGAUGCUUCAUCCCCUGAAUCCAGAGACAUGUCCUCCUCAUCCUUUACAUCAUUUUCUACAUGAACUGCAUUAAAAAAAGAAAAAGAAAUUCCUAUUCUAUUGAAAUACAAACUUUUGUUAGAAAAUUUACACACUACUCACGGAGUGUUAUGCUUCAGGUCUGCAAGUCCAGUAUCACUUAAGUCUUGGUCUUCUGCCACUCUUGUUCACUUACUCAACAUACACACUUAACCCUCUGAUUCCAGUUAUUCCGAUGCUAAAAGCUUCUGAGCAUUGUGUUCAUGUUUAGUGUUGGGAAACCCCAACUCCAAUGGGGUUUAUGUCAAAACAGCAUCUAAAGUUACACAGGAGGUCAGUAUUUGAUCAGACAAUUACAGGACUACAACUCCCACUACCUCAGGUGUUUGUCUAGUUUCUGAGCCACCUUAACGAUGACAGCUUAUCCUUCUGAAAACAGACAGCCACACCUUUUUGGCAUAUGCCUGCUUUCCAGGAUAGCUUGUUAGCCUGUAAUUCUGUAUUUAAGAUCUCCUUUGGUGCUCCAUCCCUGCUGCUGUUCCCCCUUAAUUUAAAGCAGUAGCUUAAGAGCUGGGCUGGGUUUUCUUUACAAUCUCUCACAUUCAUUUACACAAAGACACUAAUUCAAGGACCUCCACCCCACACCUCUAAUUAGCUGAAGAAACGAUGAAUGUUUUUAAUGUAUUACCUGAUUGUCUUUCCUGAGCAGAGGGAGAUGGGCUGUCUUCUUCAUUAACUGAGUUGUGAUACCCAACAAGACUUGUAAAAUUUUGCAUGAAGUCAUCGACAGUAGCAACAACUAUGCCAUUAUCAGCAUAAUUUGAAAGUGGCUUGAGAUUCUUUUCUAAAUACAUAGAAGGACACUUUGUAUUACGAUUUAGCACUACUACCGUAAGAGGGAGAAAGAUAGUCAUAUUUGUUUGUAACCUGUUAAGAAGACAACGUGUCGCUGUUGUAUGUUUUGAGACUGAAGCCUGAUAAGACAUUCUAAUUCUGGUGCAUUUCGAGUUUGUGAAUCACAGUUAUGGUAAGACAGAAUUUCAACCAAGUGCUUCUUCUGAUAGGUGUUCAGCAGGGUCAGCAGACUCAGGGCGUUAGCAUUCAGUCUGUGAUGGAAAAAAAUAUCAGACAUUUGAUGUAAGGUCACUCUAAACAUUAAAAUUCAGUUAAAAGAUGAA